AUGGAGGGCAUGGAGUUUGAUGCCGACGACAAGGCCAAGGGCAUGCGCACUGGCGCUGAUGUGCUGCACUGGACCGGCUUCGACAAGACCACCAUAGGCAGCAGCACCAAGGCGCAGGCGCGCAUCCUGCUGGCGCACUACUGGCUCGCCCUCAACCUGCUGCGCGCCAACAAGGCGCGCUACGCGCAGCUCGCGGCCCCAGCGCCAGCGGCCGCCGCGCCGACGGCAGCAGCGGCGCCCGCGGCGGCGGCAGCAGCAGUGCCCGCGGCGGCGGCAGCGGUGGCGCCUGCUGCGGCGGAGGCAGCCGCAGCGCCUGCGGCGGUGGAGCAGCGCGCGGAGGCGCCGGCGCCCGAGCCGGAAGCGCCGGCCGAGGCGGCGCCGGCUGCGGCGGAGGGCGAGGCCCGGGCGGGGCCAGGGGAUGAGGCGGGGGAUGACGCUGCCGAGGGGCCGGUUGCGGAGCAGGAGCAGCAGGAGGAGAAUGUGGUGGUGCCCGCGUGA